AUGAAUGUUUUCUUGCUAUGCUUAAAUAUUUUUACAGUGGUGAAGUUGAUAAAGGUAUUUUUUACAAUUUUUCUAAUUCAACUUUUAAUAGUUUCUCUGGAAAAAUUUCCCGAAGAAUUAUUUGCGAUUGCUGAAAAAUAUCAAGUUUUGCCGUUAAAGGAAAUUUGUGAACAAUUUAUGGCUUCGGGAAUUGAUGCUAAGAACUUCGGGAAACGCUACCUUUAUGCUGGAGUACACGGUCUUCCUAUGGUUGAAAAGGCUUGUGUUGAUUUCAUUUCUGCUAAUCGAAAGAAAUUUUUGGCCAGCAAUGAGUGGAAGGAAUUUGAAGCUGAAUAUAAAGAAAUGGCAGACCACUUGUUAAUUUCUGUUGCCUACGAUGGAAAUAACGCUUAA